AUAAAGCUAAACCGGUCUGCCUCUAUUCAGCAGGGAGUCGAACAACAAACAGGGACGCUUUUUGUGCCGGACACUUGUGAGAUGAAGGACAAGAAGAAGAAAAAGAAAUAUUAGAUGCUUUUUUAUUUGUUUUUGGAGGGGAUCGCCACAGCACAUCGGCAUGGAUGUUGAACGGAUGUUUCUGAGAGGAAUUUAUUCCUGAGUGUUUUUAUUCCUGAUUUUUUUCUGUUAAAAGGGCGUCGGAUCGUAUAGAUUUUGUUUUCCUUUUCAGCCUUGGCAGGAUACUUCCGCUCGUUGAUGAAUUGAUGUGGGAAUACGCGAUACCUCGGCUGCAUAGAUGGCGAACACAAGUGAGUUUGGGGAGAGCAGCAGCCCGUCCUUCCAGAACUAUGUGUCCGCGGCCUCUGCGGUCAAGCUGGCCUCCCUGGGUCUGAUCAUGGGCAUCAGCCUGCUGGGCAAUGCGUCGCUGUCUCUGCUGCUGCUGAAGGACAGCUCGCUGCACAAGGCUCCCUACUUUUUCCUCCUGGACCUGUGCCUUGCGGACGUGGUGCGCUCUGCCGUCUGCUUCCCCUUCGUGAUGGCAUCGAUCGGCGGCGGUUCCGUCUGGCCGUACAGCGCUCUCAGCUGCAAGCUGGUCGCCUUCAUGUCGGUGCUCUUCUGCUUCCACGUCGCCUUCCUGCUCUUCUGCGUCAGCGUCACCCGCUACAUGGCGAUCGCCCACCACAGGUUUUACUACAAACGGAUGAAUCUGUGUACGUGCGUGGCGGUUAUCUUCAUGGUAUGGACUCUCUCCGUGGCCAUGGCGUUCCCUCCGGUGUUCGACGUUGGCACCUACAAAUUCAUCCGUGAGGAGGAGCAGUGCAUCUUCGAGCACCGCUACGUGAAGGCGAACGACACGCUGGGCUUCAUGCUGAUGCUGGCCGUCAUCGUGGGGACGACCCAUGUGGUUUACAUAAAGAUGCUGUGCUUCGUGUAUGAUCACCGUAAGAUGAAGCCGGCUCAGCUGGUGCCGGCCAUCAGCCAGAACUGGACCUUCCACGGCCCCGGAGCCACCGGGCAGGCUGCCGCCAACUGGAUCGCCGGCUUCGGCCGCGGACCCACCCCGCCGACGCUGGUGGGCAUCAGGCAAGCUUCGCACCUCGGCAACAGGAGGCUGCUGGUGCUGGACGAGUUUAAGAUGGAGAAACGGAUCGGGAAGAUGUACUACAUAAUCACACUGACCUUCCUCAUUAUGUGGGCUCCUUAUAUAAGUGCUUGCUACCUGAGAAUAUGUGUGCGCGGAGCUCCGGUCCCGCAGCUCUAUCUGAGCGCUGCGGUGUGGAUGAGCUUUGCUCAGGCGGGAGCGAACCCCAUCAUCAGCUUCCUGUUCAACAAGGAGCUCCGGGUGCGCCUCAGAGCCUGUUUCCCCUUCUGCCUGGGAACACAGACACCCAUGGAGCCAUACUGUGUCAUCUGA